AUGACACCGAACGCAGGGAUGUCAGGUGAGCCAAUGAAUGACGGAGCGGUUAAAUAUAAAUUAGAGAAAAAAACCGCGGGAGGAAUGGCGGCCCUGCGAGCGGAGGGUAAAGACAGAAUGUUCGGUUUGAGGAGAUCAAUGAAAUCAUCAUCCUCCGAGAACGAGGGCGAGGAUAUCCAAACACCGACCAGCAAGUGUGUGCGAGUCCCUUUGGGGGACGUUUUGCCUCGGCAGGACCUGACAAACUCGAUUAGCAAAAGGCGCUCAGAAGCUGUGUCGGGAUCUAACCUGACACCACUGAUGCGCAGGCUGCAUCUGCAGGAUGAAGGCCUGCUGGUUCCGAAGCUAUGUUAUGAAGAUCCCAUCCAGGAAGCCUUUGUGAAAAAGGAUUGUGUUGACGUCCCCCAGGCAAGGGACCUGAAUCCACUGGUGACACACACAACUGAACCUCGACUCAACAGUGUGAUUCCUGAGUUCAUGCCGACAGAAGGCGAGGAUUCUGCUCUGGUCUGUGUGCAUGGCACAGCAAUUCCAUCCCCUGUACAAAAGGGGGAGCUGGUCACCAAGGCACAGGAGGAUCCCAAGCUGUCGCUUGCUGACACUGCCAUAACUUCAGGGCUGGCACGACACAGAUCUUCAACGUCCAUUGAGACUGUAGUUAGACAGACAGUGACAAGUUCUGGGCCCAAGGCGGGUGUAGGGAGCCCUCUGCCCACAAGCCUAGAGAUAGCAAGACAGCCUGAUGCAUUUCAGAGCAAUCCCCCUGGGGUUGUGACAGAAAGUUCCUGGAGCAUUGUCCCUGAAAUGGAGGAGGAUGAGGCUCUUGUAGAAGCGACACUUCAGAACUUCAUGUCAGCUGAUGGACUCUCCACAACACUUGACAGAGGGCCUAUGGGCGUAGGCAUGGGGAAGCUGUCCAGGGUCGAAGUGGGGAAGGCAUGGCAAUUCAUGGGUGAUGUGGACAUCAGGGAGCUGAAGCAGCAGGAGAGGCAGGCCGGGUAG